AUGUCGGUUUUUCCUGCAGACGUCCAGCAGAUGAUUGGUGGACAAGAACAACUUCCUGCUCGGCCACAAAGGGGGAGCGCCACUUUAAAGCGGGAAGAUCCACAGCACCCCCGCAUUAAAGAGGAAGAGGAGGCGGAUAUCGUCAAGUCGCCAUUGGCUGGUGUCUUUGUGAAGACUGAACACUGUCCAAGCGAGGACAACAAAGGGGCGGAGCCUCCACGACAUCGCCCACCACAACACAUGACGACAACGGCUGAUGGAGACAACUGCGGCGGAUUUCAAGCUGACAACCUCUUAGCUCCGUUAUCCGACAGUGAGGACGCACCUGAGGAUGGACACUCUGAAUGCUCUCAAAAGAAGACGGCUGGAAAAGGUUUCACCUGCUCAAUUUGCCAUAAACUCUUUACUAAGAACUUCCAUUUGAACGAGCACAUGAGAACGCACACGGGAGAAAAACCUUUCAGCUGCCCGGUCUGCGGCAAAAGCUUUUCUCUGAAGAACAACAGGAACGUGCACCUGCGGACGCACAAGACCGAAAAACCAUUCUGUUGUUCAGUUUGCGGCAAAAUGUUCUCUCGGAAGGUAAACAUGGAGUCGCACAUGAUCACGCACACAGGCGGGAAACCCUUCGAGUGCUCCGUUUGCGACAAGAGCUUCUCCUACAACACUAAUUUGAUCACACACAUGCGGACACACAAAACAGAAAACACCUUUAGGUGCUCCGUUUGUGGUCGAGGGUUCCGUCAGAGGGUCAACGUGGUCUUGCACAUGCGGACGCACACGGGAGAAAAACCUUACAGCUGCCCGCUCUGCGGUAAAAGAUGUUCCCUGAAGGCCAAUUUGAAUCGACACAUGAAAACGCACACGGGAGAGAAGCCACAUUUUUGUUCACUUUGUGCCAAAACAUUCGCUCGGCGCCACACUUUGACAGCGCACAUGUUGACUCACAGCAGAAAAUGA